UUCGACAGCGCGCUGAACUCGGGGCAGAGAUCUCGCGGUUUAUUUAUAACUUGCAGACCAACUUUAUUGUUGAUCCUUAUAAGUGUCAUGUAACUCUUUUAUGUAUGGAUAUUUGUUUUCGUAUGCUAUUUUUGAAUAAUGCUUGAAGUACAAGCAUGUGGUUUCUAUGCUACAUCAUCUGUAUACGUGUUUAACGGAUCACAUGCUCAUAUUUGUCAUGUUUUACCUGAUUUAUUUUACAAAUUACGCUAAGGUUGACGGAAUAAGUUGUGCUUCUGGUUUCCAAGCACACAGUGAUGGCGUCAGAAGUAGACAAUGCACUGCCGAUGUACGACAUUGUUUGAUUACACUUAGUCGUGAAUCAACAUAUGAACCUUACAACCCACAUAGUUUUGAUUGUUGGCCAUGGCCAGAAUUGGUAAUUGUUGAAUUUAAUUCAAUAACAUCCAUAUUUCAAUUACUUAGGAAAACAAGUGUCCUACCGUUAGGGGAGUAUGCCACGUUCUUCAUAAAUCUAAGGAUGAUUUGCUCGAAACUUGCUGUUGUUAUGAUCAUAUGUGCAAUAAUGAAACUUUGACAAUCGUACCUAUGUCUGAAGAUCUCGGUAAGUUUUCAGUAUUUUUGGGAUUUUACUAACGUCUAUCAACUUUUGGGAAGAACUAAAAGUUGACUGGUGGUGGACCAUUUUUUCUAUAGUUAAGAAGUGUAUCCAAUGAUCUCGGCAAGUUACAUAGACUUGUACACUUCACUACUUGUUAUCAGUAUUAAUCAUUCAAUUAUGAUGAAAUGGUUAAAUAUGAUCAAUGCCAUUUUUCGAUCAUUUAAAUUAUUAUUUACUAUAACUUCUGUUUUGCAUAUUAGUUUUUAAGUUGUCAAUCGUAUCGAAAUUAUUUAAGAUGUGUAGACGUAACAUUAUUUACCGCUACUAUCAUACAAUAAUCGCAUUUUUAUGUUUGCCUCCGAUGUUCAGAUAGAAUUACAUCUUGGAUCAAGAAACUGUUCUUUCUGACAUCAAAGUACACUCAUUUUAUUUCUUACUUGACUAAAACGGAUAAAAUACGUUCCGUAGUUUCAUGCUAAAAGUGUAUAUGCUUGAUCAUACAUUCUCUGAAUAUUAAAACGUAUUGUAACUGAUUACGUUCACUUCCAUUUCUUAUUCUCUUCAAAUGUUUAAUUUUAUGUCUCAACACUUUUAUAUCUUAUAGUUCCAGGUGAUCAUCACAAAAGUGGUCUUGAUCACUUUGGUUUACGGGUUCCUGAUAAUGAUUUGAAUGUAGUUGUAGCAUCUCAGGAUUUUCCAAACUCAGGCGUUAUUUCCCCCCAGCGUUCAGAUUCGUACGAAGAUCCUUCAGAUAAUCGAUUACAGAUAGAUGCAUUAAGAAUAUUUGUCAUUUGUGGUGUAUUACUUUCAACUGUAUGCACAGUUAUUUUACUGGUGUUUUGUUUAUCUCCUCGAUACAAAAAAGUCCGGAUGAAAUUUUUCCUUGCAUGCAAUCAUCCAUCUCCAUCUUCACAAUAUUUUCAAAACAGUUUAGACAGUCGUGUUCAUGGCGCACUAUCAAUUGUUGAUUGUUUCCAUUGUCCAAAAAGCUCGUCUUUCAAAUCAUCCUUUGCCAGUGGUUGUGUUGUAACGUAUCCUGUGAAAAAAUCGGAGAUUUCACGUCACAGUAUUUCAAACGGUGAUCAUUUACACCAAGCGGGUUCCUGUAUUGAAUCACUAGGUAGUGGAUUCGUUUUCUGUGAUAUAUCGGAAACUGAAUCGAAUGUGAAAGAAUUAGCUAAUUUGCAGGUUAGUAAUUAUCGUUGGAAUAAAUGCAUAUGCACGUACUUGUAUACACUUUACUUCGGAUGCCCUCUUUUUGUGAUAUUUCUGGGGUGCACUUUAAAGUUAGGUAAACGAAUACAUAAUACGAUGUAAGAAUAGGAGUUUUUAAAAUAUAAACGUGAGAUUGAGUUGUGAGCUAGUAGUAUGACACUCGUGUUUCGGACCGUCUCAUAUAUUAUUUAAUAUUAUUAUUCAAUAGUAGUACACGAACCUGCGCUCGAUGGCUGGGUUUCUGGAAAGUAGAUGAAGAAAAUCAAGUUUUUACCCAACACAGUUCGAGUCAUAAGUCUGCAAUUUCCAUUCGCAACAAAUGGUUUAAUACUUCUUUUUUCCUAUUUCGUCUCAAAGUUUAAUCAUUUAAACCUACAUACAUUUGUGACAACAUUAGACAGUAUUUUCAGUCACUAGAGUCUCAUACUAUUUAACGUUUCACAUCUAGCAUCUGUGUUUAGCUAGUUUUUCCUGAUACUCCGUUGUCAAAAUAUGUGACAAGGAAGUUAAGGGUAUCCGUAUUUCGUUUUUGUUGGUGAGUUUAUUGAUGAAAAACUGGUAACAACGGUUAAGAAAUCUUACAUAAACUGAUGAAUUUUAAGUCUACCCAUCAUUCUAUUGAAUAUCAAUCAAUCUACAUCACUAAGCGUUAUAAUUUUCUCUUAUUACAACCCAGCUAUUCCUAUUGCUUAGUAUUCUUGGACACAGAUUCACUCGACAAGUCUCCAAAUAAUAACACGGUUGAACAGGAACAAAAUUACAUUUUAAAUAACAAAGGUAGAUGGAAGUAAAAAACACAAUAGGGGAAACGUUAGUAUAUUUGUAAUUUUUAGAUGAGAAGAUUCUAGAGUCUUCUCCAAGUAUCGACUAGCGCUGGUUGGAUAAGAAACAGUCAAUCAGCGUGCACCGACACAAUCGUGGACGGAAUGUGCUUCAAUCCAAUCUGUGUCCCGCUAACACGAAGACACCAGUAUUGUAGUAAGUACCACUAACAAGAUUGCUUGUAAGUAAUAUGUGGCGGAACGUUGUAUGGAAGAUAUCACAGUCGACAGACGGAGAAGAGUUUUAGUUCGUCAAAAAGCAUGGCAUAGUCAGGACACUUGAAAAUCAGUAGAGAAGACAAUUUAGAACUAGCUUGAUUGAAGAGCACACCACAAGAUGCAAAUGGAUGAUCGAGGGCUAUGUAUACAUUUUACAUAAACUUUGUAAUUUCGCUAAAUAAACAUUGGAUUUAACAAACAGCAUACGAAAUCGCAAUAUUUUCACAGAAAAUUACAAGUAAUAUUUCCAUGGUAUGCAUUUAGUUACCAGAGGGACAUUAAGAAAGACUACGCAGUGUUUUGGGAAGAUUGUAUCUGCAGACAGCAUUCUAUUAGAAGAACGCGAAUAUCUGGAUUAACCAGUUAUUAGGUGAUCAAUUCAUAGGUAAUAAGUUUUGUUUAACAGAUUUCCACCAUGAACCUCAUUUUGAGUGAUGAUUUCAUUCUAUUACACAAUAUUCCAUCUCGUUUGUUGUAAAGCAAGCAACAGCAGAUUUGUCCUAAUUCUUGGCUUUCGAUAUGCAGGAUGUAUAAGGUUAUACUUAGACAGUUAUUGUCCAAUGCUGGUGGAUUCUGUUGAACUGAAGGAUUAAUUUCAUAUACAUAGUUCCUUGACUGUCUUGAAGAGAUCUAAAACAAAGAUUUGGGCAGAAUAACAUGAAUUCAUUUUAUAUCAUUAUUAGGAAGGAUCUGGAUUAUCCCGUACAUAUAUAUACCUGGCUGAUGAAUCUCAAGUAGAAUGAAAUGCACAUCUUGGAUUUCAGUGUUAGUUACGAAUUCAUCUGUUCUAUAAACUAAUUUUCUUUUGUUAGGUUCUCGUCUUCUGCUUACUACCCAUAAUAUUUUAAAUCCAACAUUAUCAUAAAAGAAGUUAACAUGGUUGUAUAAGCGAGAUUGAUGAAUAUUUAACCCUAUUAUAUCACAGCAUAAAUGCUAGUAUUAUUUUAAACUUGAAGAUUGCACUUGUUGCUUUUUGUCUGUUACAUAAUCAUUAUUGAACUGAUCUAAAAAACAGUGACAUAAAUUAUCUUGAAUUCACUUGAUAUUGUCUACUUGAAUCCUCCCAUAUAUGUUUAGCACUACAAUUGAUCAGUCUCUUAUUGGCAUAUGUACAUACUGUACGUACUGCCUUAAUUCACAAGCAUUAUAAGCAAAGAUGGAAAUUGACUAGCAGUGGAAUCCAGGACGCGUAUUUCGUCUUAUUUAGAACUCGUCAGCUGGAUGUACCUGCAUCUGAAAUAAAGCAAUAUCGAGGCAAUGUGCACAGUAUGCACAUAUACCAAUAACAGACUGAUCAAUUGCAGUGCUAAACAUCAAUGGGAGGAUUCAAGUAAACAAUACCAAGUGAAUGUAAACUUCACCCCAUUGCACACACAAGUGGCUAUCACGACUCAGAAGCUAAGUGGACAACACGAUGGUGCUUGAAGCGAACGGUACUGGGUUCGUGUCCUGGAGUGAACAUCAACUCUGAGGUGCAGGUACAUCCAACUGACGAGUCCCAACUAGGACGAAACGUGCGUCCUGGAUUCCACUGCUAGCCCCCAUCAAUCUUUGCUUAUAAAUUAUCUUGGUUUUCAUUACAAGGUCCUUUAACUAGCUAAAAAAGCCACGAAAGAUAAUAUAAUAGGUGUUCAGUUUUUAAUUGACUCCUAAGAAUGGAUGUCACUGAGUUUCAUUCCUUUAUCUCCUCAGUUAUUCGUAUUUGCAUUUCUUUACGUUGUUAGUUGUUACUGAUUAAAUCUUCUCUAAACUGUAAUAACUAUGUACAUUAAAGACGAUUGAUUUGAAAUUAAUGCGCUUUAUGACGUUACGGGACUUUUGUGUUAUCUCAGAUAUCUGAAAAAUUUUCAUUAAUUGCGGCAGUUCAAAAUGUUUGUUGCGUGCAUUUCUGACACCUUAAGGCAUUGAAUUUUCCUCCAUAUAAAACUAUAAAUGUUUCUUAAUGAACAUUUUUAUCAUAAAGCUAUGAUCAGCAGCAUUUACCGAAUAAAUCGUAAUCCAUUUGUUGACGAGAUUGUGUUCACAAAUUCAAGACCUUAUUUGAUACACGAAUUCUUAGUAGAAGAAAAUUAUAUAGCCAAGAACUACCUCUAUUGUACAAGAACAUAAUGUACAUCAUUUUGUGAUUACGUCAACACUAUGUUUACAUUUGAAUUUUUCUACUUAUCUCAGAAUUUCGGGCCUUACAGCUUGUUAAUUUUAUAGUAUUUAUUUAUGCAACUCAUUUAUCGUUCGUGUACACUUGGUGCUGAAUCACACUCUAAGUGUCAGCAAUAAUAUUACUAAAUAGCUGCUCAAAGUGAUGCAGGUGGAGCGGUUCUUGAGCCUGUGACUUUAUAACUGAAAGUUAAACACCUUAACCAUUUAGCCAGUGCCUUAAGGUCGUAUAAUUUUCGGUUAGAUUAAGAACUCAGUAACAUUUUAUUUAACUGCGUUCGGCUUAUAAACUCACCGGUUUUCGACAUCGUUUUGUCACUCUUACUUCAAUCUUAUUCCAUCAGCUUGUGGCUAAGUUGUGUCAUAAAGAAAAACUAAUUGGUCGUGGUCGUUUUGCAGAAGUAUGGCUUGCUAAUGUUCCUUCUUCAUUAUUUACACAUCAAUUAAAAAUAACUCAAGAUUUAUUAAAUUAUAAAAAUCAUAAUAACGAAAAUGGUAGUAGUAGAAAAUUUCAUCAGUCGUCAACAAAUGGAUCUAUUCUUGGUCAUAAUUCAAAUAUGAAUUCAUCUUGGCAUCUGUUAUGCUGUCAACAGGAUAGUAGAUUAACUACAAUGCCUAAUACUAUGUUGAAAUGUCUCAAUCCAAAUACAUCAUUUACAUUUGUCGAUACUCACCCGGAAACAUCUCUGGAUUAUUUGUACAGGUUAGUUGAUAUUACUUCAUGGUUUAUUUUUAAAUAUUUCGGUGUAUUAGACAUAUCAGAAGGGUUUUUGUGAAUAUUAUAGUAAUUUCAAUGGUUGAGAUUAUGAGUCAAUUCAAGCUAGAUCAUGGAAAACCUGGAAAUACUAGACGGCCGUUUCAUCCUAUUGUUGGGACUCCUCAGGAGUGUGCAUCCACGAUAUAUACUGUAAACUAAAUUAAUCAUACCUAUUUCGUGUUUCUCAAUUAUCAAUGUCUUGAAGCUACCAAUUUGUUGUUUAAUCUAUUUAAAUCACCACUGUCUCAAUGUUUUUAUCGAUUGUAAAUGUAAAUACGGUAAAUAUGAAGUGAACGUAAUCAUAUGACAUCGUUUCACAGAACAUUGCUAUGAACCGUGACUACAAAUAUAUAUAUACAGGGUUAACAUAAAAAAACAUCUACCAAACUGAUGAUUUUACUCUAGUUAGUGGGGCAUAAAAAAGAAGAGGGAAGAAGUAGUUUCGUUCUCAGUUUUGGAAGUGGAUUAGUGAAUUCCUAACACAGCGCACGAACGUAUCAGUUCUGGAAACUAAGACCAACUCACACCUGUGGCAGUCCCUCUGCCGGUGAUAUCUAUCUGUCUCACAAAUUUAUCAGUUUUCGUUCAACCAAAGAAGAGAAUAACGUAUAAUCAUUGUUUUACUUUGUGCAUAAAAUACACGAUACUUUAUAAUAUUAGCAUAUUUAGAUGGUCGUAAAUUCAAACCCUGUCCCUCUCUACUUCAGUUUGAGCAUCAAACUUAUAAGCUUCGCUCUUACGAAAUAUAUUUUACAUAGACCUGUACUUGUUCACUUAACCCAUAUAGUUGUGUCAUCUUAUUGUCACUGAUGGAAAUUUGGGUUUGUAAAAAUAGCAACUCAACUUCAUUGUCUGUUUAAUUACACACAAAACUUCCCCAGAUGAUUGAAGUAAAAUGUUUGAAUCAACAGUGGAAAUCCAGCCCUAUGUAGAAAAUAAACUGAAUUCGUGUUUAAGCGGUUUUCAUUUUCAUUCUAUCUCUUAAUUGACUUGUAGCUGGCUCAAAUUCUACUGUUUGCCUAUAUUCUUCUUUUCAAAUAUUUAGGUGUUUCGAGUAUCAGUGCUAAUUAGUUGUACAACUCAUUAUUAUUAAUAUUAUUUAACUUUUCAAAAUAAACUAUUUCCUAUUUAAUAGACAGAUUUUUUCGUCAGUUUAUGUUGUACUUUAAUCCAGUUAAACAUUUUAGUACUGGCAAUAAUUAUUACAGAAUAAUUAAAUAUAAGGUAAUCAUCUGGUUUAGUAUUCAUUGAAUUAUCAUAGUUUGUAUGAAUGUAUGUAUGUGUUUGUGCGUGUGAGUUUUAUGCUCACUUUUCAUUGGUUUUAUUUGUUUAUUAUACUUUCGGUUAAUUGAUUAAUUGACUGCUAAUAAGCGUGUCGCUUGUAUACUGAAUGCCUAUUUUAAUUGUCCACAUAAGUAGGCUUUUCCAAAUUGAAAUGAAAUUCUUCCAAGCCCAUCUAAUCAAUAUAAAAUCGUAUAAAAUUCUUCCCUUCUUCUCUCCAUGUGCAUAAUGUGUAGGUGGACUAAUAAUAAUUAUGCUUAAUAAUAAUACAAAGUGGUUGAUAGUUGUUUUGUAUCUUGCUGUUAACAUUUUCAUUACUGCUAUAUUUAUGAUCAGAUUAUGGUUAAAUAAUCUUGUUAAAUUUGGACACUGGUUAUUAUUAUUACUUUCAAUACUGACAAUAUUUAAUUACACUGAUAAUUUUGUUGGAAUUAGCAGAUAAUCAUCACAUAAAUGCAUUUCCAACUAUUUAAGUUCUUGAUUAGUAUAAUCCAUCAUGAUAACUCUGCUAUAUGCAAAUUAUAUUUCUAGCUCUAAACAAUAAUUUCUCUACAGAAAGCGUGUAUUAAUCACAAUAAAAUUAUAAAAUAUACGAGAGAAAAUUGCCUAAUUCUCAAAUGUUGCCUUAGUUUUUCAUUUAUUUCUUCAUUCAUAUGCUUUGUUAUUAUCUUGGAUAGAGAUUUGAAUUUUUCCAUCUUCAAGGUUGUAAACUAUCCAAAUAAAUUCAUGACUAGUUCUGUUGUCUUGGAUUUUUCAGAGUCCAUCAUUGAUAAGCUUUGUUGCGAAGGUACAGGGAUGUGUCGAAGCCCGAUAUGGAGUGUUAGAAAGCAUCAGUAAUAGUUGCUCAACAUCUUAUAGAAGUCGAGUGAUUUUAAAAUUUAUUUAGCAAAUGAGCCCCUUUAGUAAAUGUCAUUGAAUUCUAAAGUCGUCGUAAUUAUAUACUUGAAACAAUUAGUCAACCUUACAAUGCAAUAAUAAUUUCAACAUCUUUUUUAUAAGUCUCCGAGAACUCCAAGGUCUGUUGUACUCUUAUAAACAGGAUUUGGUUUCUGUGCCUAAAUGAACCUUAAAGUAAUUUAUAUGAGUAUUAGUCAAUAUUAGAACCAAUAGUUUGACAGGAAUUGGGCGCUGAGUAUUGAGAAUACAUUAUUUGUGAAAAUUAUAUUUGAAAUAAAUUCGGAGAUUGAGAUUUAAACAGUCCCAAUGUGUUUCGUCCAGCAAAUUUAUCUGGACUUCUUAAACCUCAAAGUAAUACUUCAGUUUCAUUACAGCCUUUUUAUUCGUUCAGAGAAUUCAUAAAUGAAUGGGAAUCUGGAAUUCGGUAUGGAAGUUAUCGUUACAUGCACUUAACGCUAUUCUGUUUUUGUUUCAUCUUGCUUACAGUUGAAUUUUUAUCCUUUUUUCCCAUCGGAACUAUCAAAACAAAUGAGAAUUUUUUUUAUUUCAAAUAACUUGUAUAUCUGCAUAUAUUAUAUGAAAAUUUACAAACUUGUGUAUUUACCAUAUAGUGCUGAACUUGAACAGCGACGGGAAUUAGGUGCAUGAUUCUAGAUAAAGAAAGAAGGUAUACCAGUCAAUUAGCUGGCUCCUAUGUACAUUUUUCUGAACCUAGUUUUGAGUUGAAUCAACUAAGUUUGUUUAUCUUUGUUAUAGAGAGGUACUUUAAGGUUUUGCUGAAGGAUACACAUUUGAAUUAUUAAAAUGAAUCAAUAGAAUGCUAGUUAAUCGAUAAUUUGCACAUGGAUUCUAUGUUUCCAGCAAAUAGAGCUUCUUAUGAGACCAAAGUAUCGACAUGAAGCUUGUAGAAACACUUAUUCUCGUCCUGAUAUUUGAUCCUUAGUUCCUUCGAAAUUUGAACUUCAUCAUGUAAGAGAUUGAGAUGACUCAUUAUCGUUUUUUGUGGCCCCAUGAAUUGUGUUUUUCAUCUGUUUUCUUUUGCUGAAAGUCGUUUUCAAACUAAUUGAUUUCUUAACAGAAUCAACCACAUCAAUUUUGAGCUGCUUAGGUGAAUAUAAUCCCAGUAUUUUUGAGCGAAAACUUUAUUGCUUUGAUCGUCUGUGUUGAACAUCGGGUUUUAUUCUCAAUGUAUCCCGUCUAGACUAAAACCAGUCACGAUAUGUCUGUUGCUUUUUCCUGUGCCUGAUAGAUUCAGUCACCGUAAAAGAAUUAUUCAGUAGUUCUGUGGCAAGUACAGGUACGACUGAAUACUUAAAGUUAAUCAUUCCAGUGCUAAGUAUAACAUAAAUGAUAAACGAAAACAAGUUCCACUUAUCUCCCUCAUCCGCAACUUAUUUAAGCAAAGAAAAGUCAGGAUUUAAUAUGUUUCGUUAAAUACCUCAACAGUUUGCUAGAUAUGUAGCUGUUAUGCAUCAAUGUACAUAUUUUUAUCUUCCGUGCAUAAAAACCAUAAAAUAGCCUAAAAGGAUGUAUCUUGCAUUGUGUAAAUUUAAUGGUCAGUCGGUCAUCCAUUAAUAGUUUGAAAUUAUAAACCAUACAGCUCUAAAAACGCUAUACACUAACAGACCAAAAUGGUAAAACCGUCAGUUUUGUUAGCUUUAUUUUGAGAGAUGGUAACCACCCCACUCUUAAAUUUAUUCUAGCUUGAACGAAAUUCAUCUUUUAAUACAAAGUUACAAUGUCUUUUUGUUUCAUUCGUGAAUACGUGUUGCCCAAAUCUUUUUUUCUCUCCAUUUACUCAAACCCAGUGAGAAGAGUGAAACUUCAGUUUCUUCGAAAAAAGAAACAAAAGAUCGUACUGAUGACAAGGAAAAUAUACAUCAUGCGGAAACAUCUACCUCUCCUUUAUUAUUAUCAACCAGAACAGUUUCAUCUAUUGAUGUAAAAAAUUCACUAAUAAACAAUUUUGCUACGAGUGAUGAGUCCCCUAUGCCUGUGGCCGUAAAAACAUUCACUGCUAAUGAAUAUGAUGCAUGGAAAACAGAAUUGGGGAUUUUCAAGGCUAUCCAUUCAAUAAACAGACGAUUACCUGCAAUUAUUUCUAGUACUGCUCCUACUGCUCCAACUACUAUCAAUACUACUGCUACAAUAACAAUCACUACUAGUACUGCUACUACUAAUAAUAACACUAGUAAUAAUAGCACUACUACCACUGACACUGUCGGUACAACAAGCACUAUGAAUUCCUUCAGUAUCAAAUGUGUGCACCAAAUGUUAAGACAUAUUGGGCAUCCUAAUAUUGUUUUACUAUUAGGAGCAGGAUCGGUAAGUUGUUAAAUUCACUAAAAUCACUGAAUGCUUUUAUUAUCCGCUUUCUCAAAUAAGUAUGUCGAAUACUUUGGCUUUAUUUUAGGAUACCCUGUGAAAAAUUGAAUGAACAGAAAUAUGGAUACGUUUAUGAAUUUAGAUAUCGACAAAUUUCCAUUGUGUGUUCGUAAGCAUUCUAUUAGAUAUCCUAGAUCGAAGGUGGAAUAAUAGUAAAGCCUUUGCUUAUCAAUGAAAGUAACAUUUUUGCACUUGAACAUCUCUAUUACAUAAUAUUAUAGCCGUAAAACAUUGUACUGACAAAACUACCUGAAUUUUUAUUUUUAUUUUUAAAGUGCUAAGUCAUAUAACUUGUUAGUUGGUGAUCUACAUAGGAUCUCAGAGUUUUGGUUAUUUAAGUAGGCGAAUUCGUCAAUAUGUAAUAUAGUCGAACAGCUUGCAUGCUGUAUGUAACUCUCGUGCUAAUGUCUUUAGCUUGUAUUUAUUUUCUCCAAUAUGUCGUCCAUUUAGUCUUUUUGAAUGAACAUCAGUGUGUUAUUGGUUCAGGUGUCUGUUAGUAUAUGUUAGCAAUAAGGUAUCCAACUUUCGGUCUGAUUCAGUCAGUAACCUCAAAUUACCGUUUAUGUUAGAGUUAUCUGUAGAUUUCAAGAGAUCAAUAAAUUACUACACUGCGCUACAUUCCAUGGAGGGAAUAAAUUUAUUCUUAUCGCUUUGAUAAAAAUCCUGACAUUUUUGUUGUAUAGCUAAAGGCAGUUAUAAUAUUACCGACCGUAGGACCUUCGUCGAUGUGGUGGUCAAGCAUCGAUACCAUGAUGAGCCGCCAACCGAGCUAUUAGCUGGAACACUCAUCUCUUUGAAUCCUACUAUGCCAGGCGUUUGUAUAGUUUGCGAGCUGUAAACCUAGUGUCCGAGACCGAGGUCAUACUCCUGAUUGUAUAUAAGUGUAACAGCGAUAGUGUUUCCAUCGGGGCAACUAGCAUCUUCAGCGAUUCUAUCUUUCCAUAACAGGAGGAGAAGGUUUUAAAAGGUCGACCUUAAAAUAGUACGUCUCACCAGAUCUCUGGUGCCAGUGCUAAAGGUUGAAUAGCACGGUGCUAACAUAUUAAAAGCUCCUCACAGGAUAACUGUAUGUGACCAGCCUCGAGCAGCAAUUGUGCAUAUCUUACCUACUAAGAUUCCAGUAACUAUGUAACAUUUUUUUACCGUCUAGUCUAUUUUAAAAAACCGUGUUUAGUAAAGUACACCUCCAAAAUACUUCGAUGUAUAUAUUAAUAAUCGUGCUAUUAUCAAACAGUAUGAUAUUGCAGUUGUGCAGGUUACUAAGUCAUUAGUUCUCAUUUCCAACAGGAAUGUUAUGAAUAGUUAAAUUUGUUACUGUAUAGAAUAAUAGUAAGUAAUUAUUUGCUGUUAAAAUCUAUGUAGUUUCUAGUUUGAUCUUUUUGAAGUUUAUUAUUUAAAUCAGUUAUGUAUGUUGUUUACGUAAACAUCAGAUAAAAUUUUAAUUCAGCACGGUGACUUUUAUAACAACGGAUUACAUGCUUAUCUGUUAUUCUGUAAAAUUUGAGAUGAGAUAGAUUUGGUGAUUUUUUUAAAGAUUUUUAAUAAAUCAGCUGAUUUACAAUCUAACGUUAUUUCUCGCUUUAUGAUUUUCUUAAUAUAUACUUGUCACUAUUGUCUAAUUCCUUCUUUGUCAUAUUGUAUAUUUUAAAAGUGCAAACAAAUAAUUUCCCCAUCCCAUUUUUGUUGGUUUGUUUGCUAGUCAUUUAACUUUAAAAGAAAGAUAUUUAUCCAUUCAAUCUAGUGCAGUUUUUGCUUGUGUCACUUGACAAUUGUUUUCUGUUUUUUAAAAAAAAGUCGAAAUCUCUUUGUUUCUUUCAAAGGUUUAUAUUUAUUCGUUACUUUUUAUUUUCUUCUUUUUAUUGUUUUAUAUUCAUUAGUUAUUUCUCCAUAUGAUUUUGUCUUCUUCCUUGAAGACGAAAUAAUUUCUUUGUUCUAUCCCUCUUUACACUUAGAGCUAUGCUUAAUUUAUGCGUCUUACAUAAUGUUGACGUAAUGAUUGACUUUAUAUUUCCUACUGAAAUUAUUCCUGACUAGUAAUCGGUUAAAAUGGCGCAGAGAUGAUGGAUUCCUGAGUUUCAGAAUUACCUUAUACUUAUUUUAUUCCAUGAAUUCAUGUUUUCUUCUAAUCUUUUAUACCACCACUAAUACUGUUAUUACGUCUACCACUUUUGGAUCUCUUUUUACUGCCAUGGUGUGCGGGGAACUUGAAACAAUAAACAUUUCGCCAGGUUCGACCGUUGUGUAUGAAUGACCAAUUUAAUUAUCUUUGAAUCAUUUAUCAAGUUUACCUCAGUCUAGCAGUGUUAAUAGUAACUUAAUUGUACUCAACUUAGAGACUAAUAAUACGUAAGCACAUCCAACGUAAAUAGAAUGAAUUAAGCAACUAAUACACAAUGAUUACAAUUUACACAAGUAGUAGGUGAGAAGUAGACUAAAUUUUACAAAAGAGCUUUUAUGUUCAAUAAAAUAAAUGAACAUUACUGUACGUAUAUUGUUAAGUAGGAUUUACAGGAUCUCAGGAAAAGUGAAACGGGUAAUCAAAGUGAUGAAUUACAUUUAGGGUUUUAUGAUCAGUGUCGCGUUUAGUGGUGUCGUUCGCUGUUAUUCUUUCUCACUUUUGUUUAUAUUACUAUUGUCUAGUUUGUUUUGUUGUUUUUAUUUGUUAUUCUUAAACAUGCAUACUGUUCUUACCAAGUUCUUGACAUUCACGUAAUCUUAAAUGAUGUGUGGUGUGAAGUUUUCUUUUUUUUGGACACUUCACAUCAUUCGACUGGUUCUCGGGUGAAAACGCAACCUGAACAGGAACGUAAAUAUGUUUCAAAGUAAACAUCGAGUUAAGUUAAUAUAGUAAGAAAAUGUUCAAUGUAAAGGAAAUUCCUAGUGUUUUCAACUCAUCUACUAUCGAUGAUUGAAGUUGAAGCAAUCAGCGCGCUUCAACGUGAUCGUGUCUGAAACAUGCUGUAAUCAAGUAAUCGUCCUGCUAUCAUAUGGUCGACUGAUAAUCACUUAUUUUACUUUAUCAGGUCUAUUAGUCCCUCGCGAAGUGAUUUGAUUUCCGUGUUUUAUUGUAACAUCUACUGAUAAUUAAGUCUUGUUACUAGGAUAGCCUGAAUAUUCAUGGGUUUUCCGGUGUGAAUUACAUAUAUGUUUAUAAUUAUUAAUGUUAUUGUGUAUAAAUUAAUUGUGUAAUCGCAAUAUUUUCCCGUGUAAUUAAUUCGGAUAAAUUAUAAGGUUCAACUUUGUCGAUCCACAAUCACAGAAUAUCGUUUAGUUAUGGAAUUCGCUUCAGGUGGUUCACUGCGUCAACUUUUAUCACAAGGUGUUUGGUUAUCAUUUACUAAAAUACUAAAAAUAUCUGAUGAUAUUGUACAAGGUCUAGGCUUUCUACACAGUGAUUUAGUGAAUAGACAACAAUCCAAUGGUCAUCAAAUUAUAUACGGUAAAUAUCCAGUGGCUCAUCGUGAUUUGAAACCAGAAAAUAUAUUAAUACGUUUUGAUGGAACUGUUUGUUUGUCGGACUUUGGACAGUCUGUAUGUCUGGCAGAAAACUCACCCAAUAGUCCAACAUCAAACAAUUCGUGUGGAACGUCGUUACAAGAUGUGUUAACUACGACGUAUUCAGUUAGUUCAGCAUUGGAGUCUAUGCCGAAGGCUGGAACUUUAAGAUAUCAGGCCCCAGAAAUUAUUGAUGGUGCUAUAUCUUUCACUGGAUGGGCUUUAUUGCGUACCGAUAUAUAUUCUUUGGGAUUGGUCUUAUGGGAGUUGCUCACAGCUGCUCUUCUACCUGUUGACCAUGAAAAUGCUUCAGAAGGCAAUUAUGAGACUCACAAUAUUGAUUUUAAGUUGAACGACUCUCCUGAAAACGCGUCCCCUUCGAUUGGUUCAGAUUUAUGUUUGAUGAAUAGUAUCCACCCUGAGUUUGACCAUCUGGACCCACACAACCCUGUAAAUGUAGAUUAUCGUGCACCAGAACAUAGAAAAAUGAGAAAGCGGCACCACUGGCUACCCUAUGAAAAGGAACUGGGAUCAUUGUGUAAUUCUUCAGCUGCUUUACAACAGCUUGUAUGUCUGGAAAAAUAUCGUCCAGCUGGCCAUCCGUCUUGGUUUAAUUCAACUUUGAUUACUCAUUUUUAUCGUACAAUUAAUGAAUGUUGGGAUCAUGAUCCAGAGGCGCGUCUUACAGCUGAUUGUAUUUUAAAACGAAUUCGAUUUUUAAAAAGUCAGAUGAAUAAAACAAAGAAAUCAGAUUAACAAAAUUGAAAAUAACACACACAAUCAACUCUAUUAAUAUUUAUGUAUACCUCUCAGGUUGAUUAAAAAAGAGAUAGGAAACUGGUCAGGAAUGUUAUCUCCUAACGAACAAAAAUCAAUCUCUUCUCACACAUAAAUGUAUGGUAAACUUGUCAUCGUGUUCCUGUUAUUUUAACGUUACUUCAUUAUUUCUUCAUUUACUUUUUAAAAUCCAUUCCAUUGUAGGAAGUUAUAGUGAAAUUUUCUCACUUUUUUUCUAAACGAAGACAUUCCUUUGUUUUUCGCCCUGUUUAUCUCUUGUCCAUUUUACACAGUACGUGUUUGCCUCUGCUAUUCGGUCUUGAUAAUGCAGUCUAUAUAUAUAUAUAUAUAUAUAUAUAUUAUAUAUAUAUAUAUAUAUAUAUAUAUAUAUAUAUAUAGGUUAAUACUACCUCUAAUGUAAAUUCUUUUCUUAACAGUUAUUCAUAUUGUUUGAUAAUAUUUGUCAAUCAUCAUCUGAUCAAUUCUACUACCUAUUAUCUUUACAAUAUCGUAACUAAUAUUCACAUCUAGGUAAUAUUAUUAUUCAAGUUGCAUCGUCAAUCUCAGGGUGAAAUCGAUGCAUACUCUGUAGUGAAACUUGUUUAUUCUUCUUUUCUCAUUUUGUUUCUAUUCUACUUUCACUCCUUCCCAUUUUUCUGUCUUUCCUUAUCCCAUCUUAUCCAGGUUUUAUUGAUUUUGAUCACAUUUCUAGUCUGCGUUUAUAUAUAUAUAUAUAUAUAUAUAUAUAUAUAUAUAUAUGCACCUUACUGUGUUUACCUUUUGCUUCUGCUUAAUUUGUGGAUAUAUUUUUUAUCCGAAUAUACAUUUAUUUCAGUCAUACUUUUCGACAAAAAGCUGAAACUCCUGUUGAUUCAUGCCGGUAAUUGCAUUUUUUCUUGUUUUACAUUACUUUCCAUUCAGUUUUGUAAAAUAAAUGCGAAAGAACUGAGUUAGUAUGUAAUCACUGAACUCGUGAAAAAGCAUUUAAUCACUAAAUCACAACAUAUAUUUAUAUAUUUAUGUAUAUAUAAUUUUGUUAUGUAAUUAUAACAAUUGCGAUGAUCAAUACUAAUUUACACAUGGAUUAUGAAAUCGUUUGUGCACUGAAUUCCGAUCUUAUAGGUUAAUUUGCUGUAAUGAGAACUGAAAUUCUUAACUAUUUUAUUUUUGAUUUGUCUAUUCGCGUUAUAUUAAUGACCUUGCUUAUCAUACUUUUGUCGGUGCUGAUACAUUAACACUAGUCAAUCAACUUUUAUCUACAGCGCUUUUUAAAACUUAGGCUUGUAUUCUUCUCAUUGAAUUAUAGUUUAAGCGAAAUUUUGCGAAAAACGUUCUAGCUCAUACAGUCGAAUGCCAUAAAAGUUUUAAUGUUCACUGUCCGACAAAUUCGAAUGACUGUUGUGAACGAUGUCUUUCAUACCACGGUUUCCGUCAAACCUCAGAUGAUAAUCCUCAGGAUCGGAUAUAUUAGUCAGUUUUCUCCAGUACACCUAGAUUAUGCCGUGAUAAUAUGACACAAAUAUUCGUUCAGACCAUAAACAACUACAUCUCCAUUUAUACCAGAUGAAUAUGUUCAUUGUAAAAAAUGUAAAAAUUUUAAUAUUAACCUGAAAA